AUGGGUAAUCGAAGAAGGUCAAAGUCUUUGAGAACCCAGUUAUUCAAUAGGAAUUUGUAUGACCAGUGGAAGCAGCAGGAGAAUGUUGAAGGUAUAGGAAAUGAAACCGGAGGAAUACCUUUGGGAGAUAUACCGGAAUCACAAGCUGUUGAUAAUAACGCUAUAGCGAAGACAAAGGGUGAUGAUAUAUGGAGUAGGAUAGCGGGUAAACUCUUCUGUAAAGCGUGUAACGAUAGAGAGCGCAAAGGGAGAACUAUUCCUCUAUGCCUAUGUAAACGACGGAGAUUAGACGAGAAGUUGGAACGUUUAUAUGAUAGUUCCCGGGUUCUACUGGAUGAGAGGACGAAUAAGCCAUAUGUCAAGAAUGAUAUUACAUCUUCCAGAUAUACGAUAUAUUCGUUCUUACCUCGACAGCUUUAUGCACAGUUUUCCAAGCUUGCAAAUGCGUUUUUCUACUGUAUAGCAUUGUUACAGAUGGUUCCUACGUGGUCCACGACUGGGAAUUACACGACCAUUAUCCCUCUUUCGAUAUUUAUGAGCAUUUCCAUAGCUCGCGAGGGCUGGGAUGACUAUAAGAGGCAUAAGUUGGAUAAGGUGGAGAACGAUCGACUUGUGAAGGUGCUGGUGGUGGAUGUAGAGGAUAGUGAGUGCGGUUCGGCUACGCUAAAUUCGAAGUUAGGGGAAAACAAAAGUUUUGCAGAUGAGGCGCUUCUUCAAUCAUACGGAGUGAGUAUUGUGCAAAAACCGUGGAAAUCUAUUAGUGUAGGAGAUUUUAUACUCCUGAAUCAAGAUGACUGGGUUCCAGCCGAUCUUAUGUUGCUGACUGCAGAUGGCGAAAAUGACUGCGUGUAUGUGGAAACUAUGGCUCUUGAUGGAGAAACGAAUUUGAAGUGCAAGCAGCCUGUUCCAGACAUCAGCAGUCGUAUGCGCUCUGCGGAAGGUUUAAUAAAUUUCACUGCUUCAGUUACUGUAGAAGAUCCAGAUAACAAUCUUUACAAUUUUGAUGGUAAUGUAGAGUUCACAAACUCAAAUAAGGAAAAGAAGAUGGUUCCUAUUGGUCUAGAUAAUGUUGUUUUCCGUGGGAGUAUUGUUAGAAACACUAAUGCCUUGGUGGGUAUGGUAGUUUUCACAGGAGAGGAGACAAAGAUUCGUAUGAACUCCAUCAAAAAUCCUCGUAUUAAGGCCCCUAAAUUACAAACACGGGCGAAUUGGAUUGUUUUGUUUUUGAUUAUUGUUGUGGUAUCUCUCGCAGUUUUGUCUCUUGGCCUACAAAGGUAUUAUAAACGGCGAUAUGUUGAUAACAACAAUGCUUGGUAUUUAUGGGGACAGGAUGCAGGUAUAGUAGCAUCUCUGGUUUCUUAUAUCAUCAUGUACAAUACGAUGAUUCCACUUUCGCUAUAUGUUACUAUGGAAAUUAUAAAAACAAUGCAGAGUCGUUUAAUGAUGUGGGAUAUUGAUAUGUACCAUCCCGAGUCUAAUACUCCUUUUCAGUCUCGGACAAACACUAUUUUGGAGGAGCUAGGUCAAGUUUCAUAUAUAUUCAGUGAUAAAACUGGGACCUUAACGGAAAAUAAGAUGGUUUUGAAACGGUUCUCAAUAUGUGGGUCUUCAUGGACUCAUGAAGUUGAAAACGGUGAAAAUGGUUUCCAAAAAAGUGCGGCAAGUAAUGACGUUGAUGUUAUUUCUGUUGAGGAUGAUAAUAGUAUUGGUAAGAACUUCGAGAUCACUGAACCUGAGCCUAGAACCUCUGUUGAGUGUAAAGGAACAAGCUCAGUUACUUAUAGUGGUAGACCUAGUAUAGCAUCCCAGAUUGAAAAACUGAAGUUUGAAAUAUCUGGAGCCAGGAAAAAGGAGGAAAAUAAUUAUUUGUCAUCUGUACCUUCCGUGAAUGCUACCGUGACAAGCUCUGAAUCAAGGUUGAAAUCGACAUCCGAUCUAAUUUUGUAUGUACAAUCACAUCCUCGUACAUUUUUUGCCCAGAGAGUUAAGAUGUUCAUGCUGUCGUUGGCCUUGUGCCAUACUUGUUUGCCGAAGAAAGUUUCAGACGACGCAGAUGACGCCGAUUCAAUUGAGUACCAGGCAUCAUCACCCGACGAACUGGCAUUAGUUAUGGCAGCUAGAGACAUGGGGUUCGUUUUUUUAAAUCGAAAUACAAAUAUUUUUACUAUCAAAACAUUCCCUAAUGGGUUUGAAAAGGAACCCUUACUAGAAGACUAUGAGAUUUUAGAUGUUAUUGAAUUUAAUUCCACAAGGAAGAGAAUGUCCGUCUUGGUCCGUGUCCCUAAUGUACAAGAUAAAGUGCUUUUGAUUUGUAAAGGGGCCGACAAUGUCAUUCUGGAAAGGCUUCAGAAUUCGGAGAUGGCGUUGGAAAAGACACGUGAAAUUAACAUUAGUACAACGCGAAGAAAGACUGAAGAAGCAGACUUAGUCUUGCAGCAUAGGAGGCAAUCCAUGGAUCAGAUAUCACGUAGAGAUAGCAUUGGUGAUAUUUUACGGAAUUCUAUAUCGGGUCGUCCAACGAGGGGAAGUUGGGCAGUCCAAGCCGCAAGCAGCAGUUACGCCAUCAAUCCUACAAGAUCUCUCACAGAUCAGGAACUUCAUAUUAAUAGCAUUGAUGACUUCCUUAAUAUCGGAACCAAAGCUGAUGAAGAAGCGGAUCAUCUUUACAAUGCAUCAAGGAAAUCUUUGAGCAAGCAGCAAAGAGAAAAAUAUUCACGAAAAGUAGGGGAGAAAGGCAGUUCACCAGUUCAAGUUAAAAAAUCUGAACAAGGGUUGCCAAAAGCUGAAUAUUCAGAAAAAAGGGACAGUCUUGAAUCAUACAUUGGUUCAGAUGAGCUGGUGCAAAACGAAGAAUACGUGCUUGAACGGACUCUAUAUGAUAUAGAUAGCUUUUCAACCGAGGGUUUAAGGACUUUGCUCUAUAGCUUUAAAUGGGUUUCGCAGCAAGAAUACCAAACCUGGAGUGCUCGAUACCAGGUAGCAAAAACAAGCAUAGUAGAUCGCCGAGAACUGAUGGAUUCAGUUGGUGGUUCAAUUGAGUUCGGGUUACGUAUAUUGGGUGUGUCAGCAAUUGAAGAUAAGUUACAAGAAGGGGUCUCAGAAGCUAUCGUUAAACUUAGACGCGCAGGCAUAAAAUUGUGGAUGUUAACGGGUGAUAAACGUGAAACUGCUAUUAACAUUGGCUAUUCCUGCAAAUUAAUUCGCGACUAUUCCAGUGUAGUUGUUUUGUCCUCCCAUGCGGAUGAUAUGACUUCGAAAAUAACUGCUUUAAUACAACAACUUGACGAAGGAAAUGUUGCCCAUUGUGUUGUGGUUAUCGAUGGUGCAACUUUGGCAACUUUUGAGGAAAAUCCAAUAUUAAUGGCUCUUUUUGUUGAAUUAUGUACGAAAACAGACUCUGUUAUAUGCUGCCGUGCAUCUCCAGCGCAAAAGGCAUUAAUGGUUGAAAAUAUUAGGAAAACAGACAAAAAGAUAGUUACACUUGCUGUUGGAGAUGGUGCCAAUGACAUUGCAAUGAUACAGUCAGCUGAUAUUGGGAUCGGUAUCACAGGGAAAGAAGGUUUACAAGCUGCUCGAUCAUCUGAUUAUUCUAUCUCACAAUUCAGAUAUUUGCUGAAGUUAUUGUUGGUACAUGGACGUUAUAAUUACAUUAGAACUACAAAGUUUAUGUUAUGCACUUUCUACAAAGAGUUGAUUUUUUUUAUUGCACAGCAAAUUUACCAGCGUAAUGUGAUGUUUUCCGGUACUUCUUUAUAUGAACCCUGGUCUUUGACAAUGUUUAAUACUUUGUUCACUUCAUUGACUGUUCUUUGCAUCGGUAUGUUUGAGAAAGACCUAAAGCCUAUGACCCUUUUGGCAGUGCCAGAAUUGUAUUCUUUGGGAAGGUUAUCCCAAGCCUUUAAUAUGUUUAUGUUUUUGAGGUGGAUGUUGGCAGCAGCAGCAAAUUCCGUAUUAAUAUGCUUUUUAUCUUGGUACUGUUGGGGUUUUACAUCGCUGAGUGAUAAUACCUUAUAUCCAAUGGGGACCAUUAUCUAUACUGCUAUUGUUAUCCUAAUCAACGUUAAGUUUCAGUUUUUGGAAAUGAAUAGUAGGACUUGGUUGGCUUUUGGCUCGGUAUUCAUCUCUAUUAUCGCUUGGUUUUUAUGGUGUUCGAUGCUUCCUAAAAUUUAUCGUCAAAACUUUAGUACGUAUGACGUCAAGGAUAUGCUGUACCAUACCAUUCCGAAAGACUAUACCUUCUGGUUAACUAUAGUUAUCGCAGUGGCAUUACCUUUAAUUUUGAAUAUAGUAUUCCUGACUUUACGAACUAUGCUAUGGCCUACAGAUAGCAACAUUUUUUACGAGUUAGAACAUCAAGAUGCAAUUCGUAAGAAACUAGAAUUGAAUGCAUUCAAUGAAUUAAAACAAGGUUGGACAUGGCAAAGGGAUCCACCUGCAUUUUUCAGAUGGAGUAAGAAGAUCUUGGGACAUUCAAAAGAAAACUCUAGCGUAGUUAGUAACUCCAGCUUGUCCAUUAAACACACUGGAAGCGAGCCAAAUGAAUCAGCACUGGAUACACCAAAGGCGACUGCGUUGGAGAAUAACGCAGCGUUUGAUUCAGAUGAAUUUGAACAAUUACCUAGUGGUAAACUUAUUAAAAGAAAGAAACAAGGUCCAAACGGUAGCCAUGAAAACCUAAAUGAAGGAUUAACAGCUAGAAUUGGCAGGAAAUUAAGGCUUAAAUCAAAGGACGAAGACAUUAAUGAAAUUAUCAAUCAAAGAUUAAGAAGUUUAGAGUAA